CUUUACUUCAAAGGCCGACUUUGACUACUCCAAACGUUAAGUCUAGUGUCGCAAACAGAUCUCUCGUUAUCUUUAAGUCAUUGUCUGUAAUCAUCGAUUAGAUUUCGCUCUCCAAAUCUCCAAAGGUAUUGAAAUGGCAGAAUCGAAGCCAUUGAGAAAACCUAUUUUCACCAAGGUGGACCAACUUCGCCCUGGCACUAGUGGUCAUACUCUUACUGUCAAGGUUGUCAGUACAAAGAUGGUAUUGCAGAAGGGUCGUGCUGAUGGUCCUCAAGCUCGUCAAAUGCGAAUUGCUGAAUGCUUGGUAGGAGAUGAGACAGGAAUGAUUAUCUUUACCGCUAGAAAUGAACAAGUGGACUUAAUGAAAGAGGGUACUACCGUAACUCUUCGCAAUGCGAAAAUUGACAUGUUUAAGGGAUCGAUGAGGCUUGCAGUAGACAAGUGGGGUCGUGUUGAGGUUGCUGAAUCUGCUAGUUUCACAGUGAAGGAAGAUAACAAUCUGUCACUGAUCGAAUAUGAACUGGUUAAUGUUGUUGAAGAGUGACCUUGCUGGACCCUAUCGGCAUGGUGUUUGCUUUGCUUCUGUAUUGUGACCCAAGAAUAAAAUCAACUCCAGUAAACAUGUUACUCUGAUCUACAUGAAAUCUCAUCAUCAAAAGGCUCAUGGAAGUUCAGUUUUAGGAAGAAAAAAUCUUGAAGCUACUUUAGUACUUGAAGUUGCUUUUUGCCCUUGCUGCAAAUCCAGCAGAACCUUUUGGUUGGACUUCCAAACAGAUGGUGAUGGCUAUAAAUUUUAGAGUUAAAAAUAGCUAGCUUUUGGAACACGCUUUCAUUUGUCUUUUUUUUUUUUUUUUUUUCUCUUUUCUGGGCAGUAACUGUUUCUUGGCUUUUAGAUCAUGCUUAAGAAGUGUAAUAUCAUAAAAUGUAUGCCUGCAUACUUCACAUGACUCAUUUUAUCUCUUGCUUGUCUAAUCUUUCCAAGUUAUAUCUAAGUGAUUUGGCAUAA